CUCAAUCCGGAAACUGAUCCCCCUCUUCUAUUCAGUUUGUACACCACUCAUUGAAGAUGGCUUCGUCCUUUUGGAAAGGUGUCGUUGGUUUAGGCCUAUUUGCCUUGGCACAUGCGGCAUUUUCAGCGGCACAACACCGAGCCUACAUGCGUCUCACAGAGAAGGAGAAUGAAACACUUCCCAUAGAUAUUGUCCUCCAGACGUUGUUAGCGUUCAUAGUGACGUGUUAUGGAAUAGUCCACAUCGCUGGAGAGUUUAAAGACAUGGACGCAUCCUCAGAACUGAAAAACAAGACGUUUGACACGCUGAGGAACCAUCCCUCCUUCUACAUCUUCAACCACCGGGGGCGCGUGCUGUUCCGCUCCCCAGAGCAGGAGCCCCAGACGGCCCCUCAGGCGCUCCCCUCCAACCCCUUACGGUUACGCAAGCUGGAGAACUUCCACUGAGACUGACUGACUGACUGGCCUUUUACUGGGGCUGCACUGCCCUGCUCCUGCCCUGUCCGCUCAUCCACCCAUCUCUCUCUCUCUCUCUCUCUCUCUCUCCUCUUCGUCCACUUUCUGUGCUGGCCUUUUUCUGGGGUGCAGUGCUCUCUCCUGCCUGCCCAUCCACAAACCUCUUUCUCUCUCGCUCUCUCCCUCUUCUCGUCUACCUUCUCUUCCUCUGCUGGCCUUUUAUGGGCUGUUGUGCCCUGCCCACUCAUCCACCCACCCACACAUCUCUCUUCCUCCCUCGUUCGCCUCCUACUACUCUUCUCUUCUCUUCUCUCUCUUUCUCACCUUGUUGCACCAGUGAGCUGCCUGAUUAUGGGUUGAUGAGGGAUGGAAGAAGAUGUCAAGAUCCCGCUCGGUUGUCCCCUUCCUCCCCCGUCCUAAAUGUCUCCGCAUAAUGUUGUACAUGCUGUAUAAAAAUCUGCAUCUCUUCAGCCAGUGAAUUUCCACAAAAUGUCAAAUCUCUUUGGGACUGUGCCAACUUCCUUGUUUUUGUUUUGUUUUGUUUGUUUGAUUUCUUUUGUUUCUCUUUUUCUUUCCAGUUGACUUUGUUUUGUAAAUAGUCUUAAAUGCUUGGAGAGUCUUUUAAGGAUUGAAAAGAGGAAAAAAAAAAUCCAACCAGUCCUUGACAUCAGACAUUGCCGUUCCCACUCAUAAAAGGUUCAUUUCAUUCUUUGUGUCGCACACAAAAAAGGGUUUCAAUAAUGUCUUGUAAAAAAAAGAGGAAAAAUGAGAGAGAAAGCAAACAAAGCAUAAGCAUCAUCGCACCAUCCUCCAUAUUUUUUAAGGCUGAGACCACAGUGACUCCUGACUGACUGAAUUCUGCUCUUCCUAGCCAUGCACUUGAAUGAACGAGGGAGGACUUCAAACGGACCAUACAGUGUAUUUAUGUUUUCAUUCAUUCAUUUUCAUUCAUUCUUUCAUGCAUUCAUCGUCUGUCAGUGGAUUUCAAAGUAGUACUGUUAUGCAAUAAGACAGCUGAGGUUGCGGAAAUACACCAUUGAUAAAUCUGUAACAGUGAUGGCAAUCUGGAUUCAUUUGUUUACAAUUCAGUACCACAAAUUCCAAUUGACCUGGCUUUACCUGUCCAAUUCAACCAGAUGAUCAUGAUUGCCUGUUUCUUUUAUCACCUGGUUAAGUAGGACAGCUAAAAUCAGGGUUAACUUAAUAAACCGCUGUUGACGAAACCUGGGCAUCUUGACUGGUGAUAACCAGUAAGUCAUUUGGAAUAUGUGGCACUGUAUUGUUACUAAUGAAUCCAGGCUGCCCAUCACUGAUCUGUAAACGCUGGAAGAGAUACGAGUGAGAUUUUUCGGAAGGCAGGUUAGCAGUAAUGCUAAUGAUACUGUGAACAACUAAUGGAGACUAAUGGUACAUUUUUUUGUUUUUGUUUUGGGGAGAAUGUUUGUAACUUUGUUUCACUUUUAUGUUAUGACAUUUUUAACUUAAAAAAAUAAUAAAUUCUGAAGUUUUAUGGAAGAAUUUCUAACCGAA